AUGGAGAAGAGCCAUGAUCGCUCCAGGGGCUUGAGCACCCUGGAGAAGUGCCUGAUAUUUCUCUUUGUGGCCAUGACCGGCGCCUGCAUCGGCCUCGUAGUCAUCUACUUCACGGACAAAUCUGAUGCUUCUGCUCAUACAGAAGGGCUAGACUCAGGCUGCAAUGGACCUCAGGAGCUCACCGGAGAGUCAGGCACCUUCACCAGCUUUAACUACCCUAACAGCUACGCCAACGGGAAGAGCUGCACCUGGCACAUCACCGUGGAACCUGGCAAGGUUAUCCAUCUGUGGUUUGAGGACUUUGCUUUAGAGGACACUCACAUCUGCUCUGCAGACUCCGUCACACUACAAGAUUCACUGGGAAUCAUUGGGAAAUACUGUGGCUACGAAAAACCAAAGCCGAUGGUGUCAAUGACAAACCGCCUGACUGUCUUCUUUGACACCAAUGACAGAAAAACAGACCAAGGAUUUAAGGCUCAUUAUAAAGCUGUGUCUCCAGAACUCACAGCAGAAAUAGCCGGAGCUGGUGGCUUUCUCCAAGGUGACCAAGGGGAUCUGUUGACCCCCGGCUUCCCAGAGCAGAAUUAUGUGAACGCAGCAUUAUAUCAGUGGAGAAUCACUGUGCCUGAAGGCCAGAGGGUUCGACUGACAUUCACCUUCUUUGACCUGGUGCCUGAGGUCUGUGGAGACUUUAUUCAGGUGUAUGAUGGCUACAAGGCUGGCUCUUCUCUAUUAGGUAAAUUCUGCGGUGGGACAAUGCCAAACCCAGUGGAGUCCAGCUCCAACACGAUGCUGGUCCGCUUCAAAACGGACAACAGUUUGACUUCUAAAGGAUUCAGAGCAACCUACACAAAGUCCAGCCUUCCACCUGUUAUUGUUACCACCACCACAUCCAGACCCCACACUACACAAACCCUUCCACCUACCACAUCUUCUGGAGGUGGUACAGUGAUCCUCAGUGGGCGUAAAGGAGUGAUCCAGUCUGAAGGUUACCCAAAUUCAUAUCCUUCUCAUCUGAAAAGUUCCUGGAAGAUAACUGUGCCCAGAGGAUUCAGGGUUAAACUGCACAUCACCGACUUGGCCAUCACAGGAGAGACUGGACAAUGCAAGGAGGACAAACUGAUCAUCUCAGAUGAUUACAGCACACUAGGCACACACUGUGGCUACAUCCUUCCUCCAGUGGUGGUCAGUGCCACUGACACAAUGUCUGUCACCUUCCAGUCUGACAGUCGCCUCACAGACCGAGGAUUCUCUGCCAAGUGGGAGGCUGUGUAUCCUGAGGAUGUUGCAGAAAUCCAGGGCUGUGGAGGUUAUUCCAAACAGGAAACAGGCGUUAUCAAGUCUCAGAACUGGCCUAUGAACUACAAGGCUAAUGCUGAGUGCAUGUGGAACAUCCUGCUGCCUUUUGGGGAAAAAAUCACACUGAACUUCACCCACUUUGACCUAGAAGGCAAAGAUUUCUUGACGUCCAAAUGCUAUGAUAACAUAGUGGUCUACGACAUCAAUAGUUUGUCUAAUAAUCUGAUUCAAAAGCACGGUCCAUUUUGUGGGACUAAGCUGCCUGGUAUCAUCCAGACAAAAGGCAACAGGCUGCUGAUCCGCUUCCAUUCAGACUUGUUUACUGAAGCCAAAGGCUUCAGGGCCUACUGGACCACAAACCCCAGCCUGCCUCCUCCUACUGAGCCGCCUGCUUUGCCCAACCCUUGGGACGAAAUCCCCAUAGACUGGCCCAGUCCAUGUGGGAAACCAGCCAUUCCUCCUACUGUUGUGUCACGCAUUGUGAAUGGAGAACCAGCUAAACCACACUCCUGGCCCUGGCAAGUGUCCAUGCAGGUCUGGCCAGCCAGUCGCCCAGAACCAACAUUUUUCCAUACCUGCGGUGGUACACUUAUUCAUAAGAACUGGGUACUUACAGCUGCCCACUGCUUCAUAAACUAUGCUGAUGAGCUGCAUCGCUGGCGCAUGUGCCUCGGCAAACACAACCUGACCUACACAGAGCCGAGUGAACGCUGCUUCAAUGUGUCUGGUAUCUAUCGCCAUGAGGGCUUCAAGUAUCCCACGGUGCCCACGGUGGAGUUUGACAUUGCCCUGAUCAGGCUGGAUGGGGAAGUGACACCCAGUGCUCAGAUCUCUUACGCCUGCCUUCCCUCUGAGGAGGAAAUGCUACCUGGGGACAAAAAGUGCUAUGCCACCGGCUGGGGAGAUGAAACAGGUGAUUCACUGAAUGCUAAAGUCGCAGAGACUCUUAACCAGGUGGCCCUGCCUGUUGUGCCGUAUGACACCUGCAAGAGGAUGGAUUAUUGGUGGUUCCAAGUCAAGACCUCCAUGAUCUGCUGUGGUUAUACCCUGCCUGAUGAGCUCAAAUCUGUCUGUCAGGGAGAUUCAGGUGGUCCUCUGGUGUGCCAGGAUGCCCCCAAUAGUCAAUGGGAAGUUCAUGGUAUAACUAGCUUUGGUCCUAUUGGAUGUAUUAUGAAUAAGAAGCCUUCCGUGUUCACCCGCUCCUCUGCCUACAUCCCCUGGAUCAAGAACGUCAUACGCAGAGACAUCUACAAUGAGCACACAUCUGGCUGUGGUGGGGCAAAGGACUUGACUGGCACACAUGGCACUCUGUCCUCUAUGGGUUACCCUGGCAGCUACAGCAACAAAGCCCGCUGCCAGUGGAACAUCCAGGUGCCCGACGGCAAACUGGUCCAUCUCCAUUUCCACAAUUUCUCCCUGGAGGAAAGUCAGCUGUGCAUGAAUGACAAAGUCAGCCUCACUGACAGUAUAGGAAGUUUAGGCACCUACUGCAGCCUAUUACCCCCUCAAGACCUGGUGAGUGAUGGGAACGCACUUCACAUCAGCUUCUCCUCCAACGACAAGGUGGUGGACACAGGCUUCAAAGCCACGUGGAAGGUAGUGGACCCAUCAGAGGCUCCUUGUGGUGGACAUUUCAGCAGUUCUCAGGGUGAAAUCACCUCUCCUAACUGGCCCAAUGACUACAACUCUCAGUCUGUGUGCACAUGGCGCAUCAACAUUCCUUCAGCAAAAAGUAUCCAUGUGGCCUUCACUCACUUUGAGCUGCAAGCUGUAAACAUGUUAGGAAACUGCGUGGACUAUGUGGAGAUCUUCAAUGGAGAAAGCAUGACAUCGCUAGGACGUUUCUGUGGUUUUGCCCCUCCACCCAAACUUGACAUUUCAAGCAACACAGUCAUCGUUCGCUUCCUUAGUAACAGUGCCAAUCAGCAGAUGGGUUUCCGUGGUUACUGGACCGUUAAUGCCGGAAUUAUCCCAACUUUACCUCCUCCACUUCCAAACCCAUGGGACAACAUCACUAUCACCUGGCCAGAAAAUUGUGGAAAUCCAGCAGUGACACCUAGCACAGCCACAAUGAGGGUGGUUAAUGGAGUAGAGGCAGUCCCCCACUCCUGGCCCUGGCAAGUCUCCAUGCAGGCUUCACCAAUGUCUCCCAUACCUUACAUGCACGGUUGUGGAGGUUCUUUGAUUCACAAGGAAUGGGUCCUAACUGCUGCUCACUGUUUCAUGUUCCCACUGAAUAGACCCUCCUUCUGGCGCAUGUGUUUAGGGAAGCACCACAUGAACUCCUCCAUGGAUGUUCCCUCAGCAGAGGCAUGCUACAAGGUCGACGGUAUCAUCCGACAUGAGGGGUUCGUCUACGAGCAGGAUCGCAAUGACAUCAGCAAUGACAUAGCCCUGGUGCAUUUGACUGAGCCCGUCAAUAUGACGAGAGAGAUCAGCCCCAUCUGUCUGCCCAAACCUGGUGCUGAGAUGGCUGGUGGGACACCCUGCUUUGUUACGGGCUGGGGAGAUGAGAAAGGUAACCUGUUCCCCAAAGUGUCUGAGAAGCUAAAUCAGGCAGCUCUCCCUAUUGUUGACUUCCAAACCUGCAGUAAGCCUGCAUACUGGUGGGACGUCCUCAGGCCCUCCAUGAUCUGUGCUGGCUAUGAGUCCCCAGAUGAGCUUAAGUCAGCCUGCCAGGGUGACUCUGGCGGUCCUUUCGCAUGCAAGGCUGAUGCAGCAAGCAAAACCUGGGAGGUGCAUGGUAUUGUCAGUUUCGGACCUCAGGGCUGCAUCAAAGACAAGAAACCCUCAGUUUUUACCCGCAUCUCUGCCUUCAGUAACUGGAUCGACCACAACAUCAAGAAGUUCAUGUAUGAAAAUGGCAAAACCAACUAA